UCGGCGGGUUCAGCCUCCCAUUAUCCCACGUGAUCCUCCUCAGCAGUUCCCAGGCGGUCAGAUCGGAGAGCCGGAGACUAUGGAUCAGAGGGUUGGGUUGUUCGUUCUUCUGGCGGUGGGCCUCCUCUGCCUCGGUUUGGCCCCCGUCUCUCGGGCCCAGGAUCUUGUGGAUGACGGUCUGGACGACGAUGUGGAUGUGGAAGACGAGCUGGAUCUGGGUUUGGCCGGAGCCGAGGAGGAGCUGGAGGGCGACCUGCAGGAUGAAGCUCCACCUGCUCCUAAAACUCCUCCCACACCCAAGGUGACCUACAAGGCUCCAGAGCCGAUGGGGGAACAUUUCUUUGCUGAGUCUUUUGACCGGGGGACACUUGACGGGUGGGUUCAGUCCAACGCCAAGAAGGAAGACGCCGAUGAAGAGAUCGCCAAGUAUGAUGGUAAAUGGGCCGUGGAGGAGAUGAAGGACAGUAAGCUGCCCGGUGAUAAAGGUCUUGUCCUGAAGUCCAAAGCCAAACAUCACGCCAUCUCCGCCCAGAUGCUGCGACCGUUCAUCUUUGACACCAAACCCCUCAUCAUCCAGUAUGAGGUGAACUUCCAGUCAGGUAUCGACUGCGGCGGCGCCUACGUCAAACUGCUGACUCAGACUCCUGACCUCGACCUGGACCAGUUUGUGGAUAAGACUCCGUACACCAUCAUGUUCGGACCUGAUAAAUGUGGAGAAGAUUAUAAACUUCACUUCAUCUUCAGACACAAAAACCCCAAAACUGGAGAGUACGAAGAAAAACACGCCAAGAAACCAGACGCUGACCUCAGGACGUACUACACCGACAAGAAGACACACCUGUACACACUGGUGGUGAACCCUGACAACACCUUCGAGGUGCUGGUGGACCAGACGGUGGUGAACAGCGGCAGCCUGCUGACAGACAUGACCCCCGCUGUGAACCCCCCCGCUGAGAUCGAGGACCCCGACGACCAGAAACCCGAGGACUGGGACGAGAGGCCCAAGAUCCAGGACCCGGACGCCGCCAAGCCCGAGGACUGGGACGAGGACGCUCCUGCUCAGAUUCCAGAUGAAGACGCAGUGAAACCAGACGGCUGGUUGGAUGACGAGCCCGAGUACAUCGGAGACCCUGACGCCGUCAAACCUGAAGACUGGGACGAGGACAUGGACGGCGAAUGGGAGGCCCCUCAGAUCCCGAACCCCGCCUGUGAGACGGCCCCUGGCUGCGGCCCCUGGAAACGACCGAUGAUCGACAACCCCAGCUACAAGGGCAAGUGGAAGCCCCCGAUGAUCGACAACCCCAACUACCAGGGCGUCUGGAAACCAAGGAAGAUCUCCAACCCGGCGUUCUUCGAGGACCUGCACCCGUUCAGAAUGACUCCAUUCAGCGCCGUGGGACUGGAGCUCUGGUCCAUGACUUCCGACAUCUUCUUCGACAACUUCUUCAUCACCAAUGACCGCAGCACGGCCGAGCGCUGGGCCACCGACGGCUGGGGGCUGAAGAAGGCAGCAGAGGGCGCCGCUGAGCCUGGUCUGGCAGCUCAGAUGCUGAGCGCUGCAGAGGAGCGUCCCUGGCUCUGGGUCGUCUACGUCCUCACCGUGGCGUUACCGCUCGUCCUCAUCAUCGUGUUCUGCUGCACCGGCAAGAAGAAGAGUCCAGCGACGCCGGCAGAGUACAAGAAGACGGACGCACCUCAGCCCGACGUGAAGGAGGAGGAGGAGGGGGAGGAGGAAGAGGAGGCUGAAGAGGCGGAGAAGAGCAGAGAGAAGAGCGAGGGAGAGGAAAGUCCUGCAGAGGAAGAGGAAGCAGAGAAGGAUGAAGAGAAGGACGAAGAGAAGGAUGAAGAGCAGGAUGAAGAGAAGGAUGCAGCAGCAGAUGAGAAGUCGGAGGACGACAUUCUGCGGAGAUCUCCCAGGAACAGGAAGGUCAGAAGGGACUGAUAUCUCUGAAUCCAAAGCCCUGACCUCAACACCCCCCACUCCCCUAAAAUUCCCCCGCCCCCCCUUCUUCCUCCUCUUCUUCUACCCUUGCUCCGAGGUGAUGAAGCCUAAAUGGAUCCCAUGGAAGCAGCGAAGCCGACAGGAAACUAAAUAAGAUAUGGACGCCUGAUGAUGAUGAUGAUGAUGAUGAUGAUGAUUCCAGUAUGAACAGGACUGAGUUAGAUUAAAGGAGAUUAACUGAGAUUAACUAAAACUUCCUGCAUCAUUCCUUAACAACACCUGAGCAGACUCAAACCCACGAGACCAACGUCUCCUGUCCUGAUCGCCGCCUGCCGCCACCCCGCUAGCAAGAGCCGUGCCCGACCAACGGCCCGUUAAACAGCGUGUAAACAGUUUGUUAGUGAGUCUGCUGACAGGGGGAAAUGUGACUCUACUAGUCAUCCUACAACCUGAAGCAGCCGACCAGCAGUCACAUCAUUAGGCUUCAGCUGUCGGGAUCAUCCUGCAAACAGCCAGUAAAUCAACCUACAGUAAGAUGUUGAAUGGCCUGCUAACAGGCCUCUCAGUAGAGUAAACAGCCCACCAGCAGCUGGAGAAUCAGACAGUCAAGUAAGGCCUUAAACAGCCUGUAAACAGUUUGUAAAUUCCUCUCCAGACAGGCAGAACGUCUGGCUCUCAUGGUCCUGUUCGGGCUGCUAACAGGCUGCUAAUGCGUUAGCAUUAUCCUCCAAUCAAGCUACUGAAAGAAAAGUCAAGAUAAACCUCCAAACAAUCCAGGAAGUGCUGCCAUGACACCUGGUCAAUCACCUGUAAACAGCUUGUUAACUAGUCUCCUGACAGACAGAUAACUAACCAACAGUGUGGAGACUAGUAUCAGAUUUAUCUAACAACCCAAUGAUCCCACCAGCAGGCUGCUAGUUAGCCCGCUAAACUUCUCUCUAAUUUGCCAACCACUGUCUAAUUUACCAGCUGAAAUAGCUUGUUAGCGACAACAGUGACGUGUUGCUAAUUAGCCUACUUGACUACAGGUUAAAGUAGCAGAGCAUCAUCAACAGGCUGCUAACAAGUCCUCAGAUAAUCUAAGUAACUAGCGAUGAUCUUAACCCACUAACAGCCGACUUCUUCGUCUUCCAGGAGUCUGUAAAUUAGCCUGCUAGCAUCCUUAAAGAAAGCCACAACUUUUCAGUUAGCGUGCUGAUGUUUCAAGAAGUGAGAUGAGAACACUCCGGCUGACAUGAACUUUUCUUUCUUCUUCUUCUUCUCAUGAUGUUGUUGUGACGGACGUUCGCUGACGUUUUGUCUCCUCAGUGUUUUUGAUGUGUGUUAUUGUCCUGAUGGCAGCAGGGAAGGUCAGAGGUCAGAGGAAGGUCAGUGUAUGUUGUUGUGACUUGUGGUGAUGCGUUCAGGAACAGCUGUUGUCAGUUGCAGGUGUCAGCUGUUGGUUAGCGGAGGUGGAUCUGGUCGGACCGGUUCUCGUUCAGAACUGUGGCGUCAGCGCGGCGACGCAGCAGCAGAUGAAACUUCUUUUUAUUUGUCAGAACAAACUUUCAACAGGUCAGAGACACAAGAUGGUGACAGUAGAUUUUAUCUGCUUCACCCUCCCUCCAUCUUUUCUUCUUUGUGUGAUUUCAGUCCAAACAAACGUGACAGCAGCUCAGUUCCUGCCUCUGUCCAUCAGGUUGGCAGGAUGUGAGAGUUUCCUGGUCCUGGAUCAGUUUCACAUCGACACGUGUGGUUGAUGACGUUCACAGUAGAACCUCCUUCAGUCAGAGGAAUCGGCUGCUGUCGUGUUUGUUGCGGCUGAAAACUUGUGUCGGCAGAUGGACAGACACUCGGUCCCUCUUUCAUCAACCCCAUAUGAAAAGAAAAAGGCACUAAAGGGGAAAAACUCAGGCGCUUAACCUCAACACCUGUCCACCUGCUACACCUCUGUCACACCUCUGUCACACCUCUGUCACACCUCUGUCACACCUCUAUCAAACCUCCGCCGAUCACCGACGUCCUCCGACAUGAAUCCUGGAUCCAGGCCGGAGUUCUGCCCCAUGUUUAAAAGAGUUGGCACUUGAGCUUGAUGUUCAUUCUUAACCUCUACUUUAGACAAAAUAUCUGAACUCAAGGUCCACUUACUUUCAGCUUUCACCACAUCUCAUGCUCUUCAUCUGAGGACUGGAGUGUGCUCAGCUGUAAUCACAUGACCUCAGGCUCAGAAGCUUCAGACCUGGGUCAUGUGAUCACACUUGAGCAGACUUCAAAGAUGAGGUUGUGUUUCCAUCUGCUGCUGAUGAGUCGCGGCCGCCAUCGCCUCGACGUCGGGCUGAGAAACAGUUCCAGACGUAAAAACUCUGAAUGAGAAUCGCUUGAUUUCCUGUUUGUCCGUCCGAACGACAUUUUGUCUUCACCUUUACAGUCAGUAUAUAAACGUGUAGUGAAGGGUUUAUAACACAGUAAGAUGUGGUUGUAAAGAGGCUGCUGUUCAAACUAAACGGUCAGUCCAUCGACGGGAAACUAUUGAUGAACAUGGUUUACUGAUCAGUCGACCUCCUGACCUUCCCUCCAGCUCCACCAUCAGGAUGAAAUUUCCACUUUUCAGUUCUUGAAUAAAAAACGUGAAAAAUUCUUCCAUGAUCUUUGAGUGUAAAGACGACGUCUGUGUUCCUGUUUGUUCAUUAUGAAAAAAAAAAAACACGAUGGUUUUCUGUCCAACUUUACUUCACUGUGACCGAGUGAAAUAAAACAGGUGUGUGUGUGGAAAAGAAACGCACCUGCAUUAGUCUUGUAUCCAUGAGGUGACUGUUGAUGUGUCUGUUUCUGUCGUUGUCAGACUUCAGUUUUCCAUCCUCUAAACGUCUGUUUCCUGUUGAUGUGAGUCAGGUGAUCGGCAGGUCGACUGACUGGUCGAAGGCAGUUUGUAGAGUCUGAGGUUUUUGUCGGUGAAUUCAGAUUCGGGGCCUUGAGGUAAACCGGAGGUCCCCGCUUCCAUGUCCAGGUGACCUUUAUUUAACCUUUUAUUUUCCCUCCUCUUCUUCGGGUAAACACAAGCUGCAGUUGUUUGGUUUUGGCUGUAAACUCUGUUGCUUUUAGUCUGUUUUUUUUCCUCUGCUGUAAAUCCAGUGUUUUGGGUUUUAGGAUGAGUCUCCUCCAGCAGCAGCGUUACCUUCCCAUCGAGGACUCAUGUUUCAGUCAUCCUCUCUCUCUCUCUCUCUCUGUCUCUCUCUCUGUCUCUCUCUCUCUCUCCCUCUCUCUCUCUCUCCUCCUUUACUCUCUGAUUGUUUGUUCCCUCUGGUCGUGUCCGGCUGAAGCUGCCUGUAGCUAACAGACUGUAGACUGAACACUGUAUCUGCUGGUGAGAUUUUACAUGACUCUGUAACAAUUAACUUUUUAUUAUUUUGUUGACUUUGUGUUGAACUAAUUGGUCGGCCCAGCCUGUUUCUGAUGUACACACUAUGUAGAGAGGUGGACCUGCUGACACGCCACAGGACGGUCCAGCUUUGAAUAGAAAUACUGUGAUGAUGGAGCCUGAUGUGUGAGUGUGGACACGCAGUCAACAUUUGUUUUGAUGAAUAAAAAGGCUGAAUGGAAACUGAA